AUGAAGGCCAGUCCCUUUCUCAGCAAAGCCCGGCAGGCCAUCGUUGAAGAGGCCAAGCUGGUGACAGACGACGUGCGAGACAUUGCUGGGGGUGUCCGCGAGGGCAUGCAGCUCACAAAGCAGGAUCUGCAGACGCAAACGAAGAACUGGCGGAGCGCCUUCGGAGCUCGAUGGCGCAGCUUCGCGCAGGAAAAGGAGGAAAGCAAAGGCGAUCCUCCAGAUGCGACCAAAAAGGAGACGGACGGCGCAGGGGAAGCUUCUGCAAGUGGCUUUCAGGCCGUCCGGCAGAACAUCGCGCUGACAGCAGACGUAUCCAAAGAUAUGUGGAGGGAUGUGCAGGAACUGAGGCAGGAGGUCAUGAGCGAAGUUCGGCACAGCGUCCAGGAUCUUCGGCAAGUCAGCAAGCAGGUUUUCCGUGGCAACUUGGAGGAGAAGGACGCAACGCCCGCAGAGACGGGCGAGGCAGGCGAAGAAGCUACGGACAUGAAGGACGGCAGGCGCGGCCAGGGCGGCCUGGACAAGGUGAAGACAGCCGUCUUCCGAAAAGCCGGAGACCUGCGAGAGGGGCUGAGGACCCGAUUGCAGGAGGAUCCGAAAGAAGAGGUAUUCUGGACACUACCAUCCACCAGGGCCAACUAUGCGGAGCUCUCCUCGGCGCCAAGUUCCAACGAAGCAGUCAACCGUGUUCGAUCUUUAGGUGGUAAGCUGAAAGGAAGCCUAGCGCGGAAAAGCCGUGAAGUGUCUUCGGGCGUUGCGAGCAUAGCGCAGGGUGUCCGUCAAAAAGGGCAGUCCUGGAAGGAAGCUGUCGGCACAGGUCUUCCGCCGCCGCAGAAGAGCGACUCGGGCAGCGUGGACGAUGCUAAUCUAGGCGAUUCUAUCUUUGCCAUUGGCUCCGAUGAAGAAGACGCCUGGUCAGAUGCCGAAGGCCUCUCGGAGCACUCGGAUGCCAACUCCUCCGAGACUCCUUCGACACGUUCCAUGUCGGCCAUGGCUGCUGCAGGCAUCUCCGAGGCCGGAUCUGUCGACGCUACCGAAGGCCCCGAGGCCGAGCCCAAGGAGAAGUAG